AUGGGCCCUAAUCAAGCUGGAUUCAGGCCGGGGCGCGGUUGUGCUGACCAGAUCUUCACGUUAAGAAGGAUAUUGGAACAUCGCUUUAGAUAUUUGCAACAUACUGUCACGCGUUUCAUCGACUUUGUGGCUGCCUUUGAUUCAAUUGAUAAAGCGGUGCUUUGGAGGGUGAUGGAACGCAACGGAUACUCUUUAAUACCCUUAGCAGAGGUCUGGUAG